AAAACGGUUUUGACAAACAUAAACAGCUACAUUCGUUUUAAAUAGGAGAAUUUGUCAUUGCACUUUGGCCUAUGUCUUAGUUCGGGUUUUUAGCAAAAAAAAAACGGAAGGUUCAAGGACAUGUUUGAGAGGUUUCUUCAUUCGCCGAAUGGUUACUAGCUGAUACAACACACGCCGGACUUCUCACAAAGACCGACAACGACCAGCGGUGCUGUGUUGCUCAUCUGGGUCCCCGAAGAAAACCCAGAAGUAAGGAGUGGGAGUUGCGGGUCCGUCCACCGCCAAACGCUUUGGACCCGUCGAGGCAAUGAUUCAGAACGACCAAGAGUGGAUUCUUGAACGGUGACGAAGGAAGCAGCAGAUGCGCACUACUCGAGGACACACACCAGACCAGUUUUCAAAAAGAUUUUUUUUUUGUGAAGAUUUUCUCAAUGUUUUUUUAUAGAAUUUUAACGAAAAUUUAUUAAAACCUUCCGGAUUUACUCAAGGCGAUUGCGUUAUAUGACCAAAACCGCAGCUAUAAUAGUUUAUACAAUUUUAACAGUUACUCUAGUGGUUAACGGUGUUAAAUAAGUUGUCUUUGUGAUGGUUUUAAAAUAAAAGUGAUUAAAAUUGGUGAUUUAAUAAACAUUUACGUAUAAAUAUAAAAGGAAGUGUUUAUUUUUGGAUAUCUUUUAUUGAAUGCAUUCAUUCAACAUGGAUUUGUUAACAAUAAUUUUAGUGUCCAAACACCACCCUCCAUACAAUGGAUUCACCGCCUCCGGAAGGAACUAUAGUGAAGAGUAGAACAGAAACCGUUAAAACUGAAGAUGAUGGCUCAGUUAUUACGACAACAAAAACAGUUUACGUAACCAGCGUUCCAACCUAUGUUGAUACAGAAAUAACUGCUGAUACAUUAAAGAGGAUAUCUUCAAGAGAAGAAAAUCUUUUAGAACCCACCGCAAAUAGGAGAUCAAUAAUAAAUAAAGAGGCUUAUCUUAAAUUGCAUAACAUUAACACAUCAAAUUCAAAACAUAGUUUAGAUAACAUUAAAAUUAAAUACGAAAAUAAUUCAAAUCAAAAUAAUCCAGAAGAUCCAAAUAAUUCGAAUAAAUCUAAUAACUCUAAUACUACAGUUGCAUUGAGUGAAGAUUCGAUUCAAAUAUUAAAAGAUAAAUAUUCUCCAUCGAGUUUUGGUUACCCAAAAUUAGAAAAAUCACCUGAGUUACCAAAAAAUCCACCUCCCGUAAUUCCCAGGACAAGUUCUUUAAGAACAAAACCUGACGUACCAAAUAAACCUGAAUAUCUUCGGUAUUCCUACGUUCCUUAUAGCCAUAACAAACCGGAAGUCCCAAAACGAUCAUCGUUAUUAGUCGCAAAAGCACCUCGCAUAACAGAUACACCAUCAAUUGAAGUAUCAGAAAAAUUACCUCCCGUUCCCCGACUAACCGAGUCAACACUUAAGAAAUUAAAAGAUACCGAAGUUGAGGAACGAGUUAUUAUUAGAAGAUCUUCAUCGGAAGAUAGUGUUGGAAAAAUUGAAUCGGACCUUUCGAAAUUCACAAUGGAAACGAAACCGAAAAAACGAUCAAGUAGUUUUAAGAAAAUCCUUACGAACGGAUUGUUUGGUAAAGACAAAAAGAAAUCGGAUAAGAAAAAGGAUGAAGAGAAGUUAAAAACUAAGAAGACUGAUAACGUUAUUGUCGCCGAUAAUGCCCAAAAUGAGCAAGCUUUUAAAGUUGAGAGACAAAAUAGUAUAAAAAGAGCUCCCCUCGCGCAAAAUGAAAGCGAUUUGGUUGAGAAGCAAUACGCAGAAAUGCACAUCAAUCAAUUUAAUCGGAUUAGAGCCAAUUUUAAUCAAGAUAUACAUAACGAUAAUAAUCAAUAUCGAGAGUAUAACAGAAAUAUGCAAGAUAAAUACUUAGAAUCGAGUUCUUCAACGAAUACCUUAGAAUCAGAAGGUACUAGUUCCAGGCAAGGUACUUACCAAAAUGCUUUAAAGGCCCAAGCGGAAAUGAUGCAGUUAAGAGAAUUGGAAUUAAUAGCAAAUGAAACUCCUCCAAGAGCUAAAGAAACCCAUCAAAACGUACAGCUGAUAAAACCGAAAGCCCUAAUUCCAAUUAAUUCAGAAAGAGCGCUUCCUAAUCCUUAUCAAAACGAUGAGGAUUUAGACAACAAUUUAAAUCGACCUGAUAAAGAUUUCGACCAAAGCAGUUAUAGUCCCAAUGUCACUAAAUCAUCAAAUUCGUCAAAUUUAAAUAGCCCAUCCUCGCCAGGAAGUUACGCAAGAUCAAGUACGAGAUCAAGCCCAAAAUCGCCUACUUUAGAAGGGUCAAAAUUAAAGCUUCCCCAAAAUAGGGAAAAAAUUAGCUUACAACCAAGAAUAAAAUCACCAAUUCCACAAAAUAAAAUUAGUACCGAUAAAAUAAUAGCAACGGAAUUAUUAAAAAAAGUUGAUAACAAAAAAACUGGCCCAACCCAUCAAAAAUUAGAAAUUGAAAUUGAUUAUCCGGACCACUACGAGAAUAACAAGAUGGGUAAUAAAUCACCAAAUACAAUAGAAGCUGGAAAAUGGCACCAAAAACAAAGGGAGUUGGAAAAAUCACCUUCACUUCUUGGUUUAGACGCUAAAGAAAUUCAUGUUGAUGUACAUAAAGAUGGAUAUCAAAGAAAGAAUCAUCCGCAAAAUUUAACGCAAGUUUCGCCGAAAUUGCCCCAAAAUCUUCCACCAAAUUAUCAAUCAUUAUCACAAAAUUACCGGGGAGCUGUACCACAAAAUUAUCAAUCAACCUUACCACAAAAUUAUCAAUCAACCUUACCACAAAAUCUUCCACAAAAUUAUCAAACAAAUUUAUUACAAAAUCCUCCACCAAAUUAUCAAUCAAAUUUACCACAAAAUCCUUCACCAAAUUAUCAAUCAACUUUACCACAAAAUCCUCCACCAAAUCUUCCUCCUGAAUUACCAAUCAGUCCAAAUAAUUCCAACCGAUCAAUAACACCAGUCAGAAGAGCACCAUCGAACGCUUCGUUACAAUAUUCACCAUCAAAACAAGAUAUGCGCCAAAGUGUCGAAAUUUAUUGUUGGAAAGAAAUACAAAAAUUAAAAGAAAAACAAGAUCAAGAAUUAAAAUAUCAACUUCAAUACACACCCCAUGGUUGCGUUGAAGACCCGAUUAUUCACAGACGUUCAAGAAGUGUUGAACCGAAUCAAAAUCGUGGUCGCAGGAGUACAAGUUUACCCAGAGAAGUGAAACCAUCCCAAAUUGAAAGAAAUAAUAGAUAUAACCAACAAUUCGCAAUACCAGAAAAUCGACCCGUUUAUUAUACAAACGACCCAAUUCAAAAUCACCCUAACUUUAUAAGAAGUUCACCUCAAAGAAGAACGGUUUCUGGUUCGGACAGAAGAAUUGGUUACGAAGGUUAUUAUUCAAACGCUGAGGUACCCUAUAGACCUAUUUUUAAUCGAGGAAGUUUAAACCCUCACGUCCAAAUGGAACAAUACAACAUAAAUCAAAUUAACCAACAAAAAAAAAAUGUUAGUUUUAAUGGGAAAUCUCAACAGAAUCAAACUCAAUGGCCCACUAAAAAUGGUUACGUUGAAAGUCCACCUCAAAGAAGAUUAUUGGAUAAAUCAAUGUCAAUUGGUUCGGAUGACGUUUUUAUUAACAACAAGCCAAAUCAAACUCAAAAUGAUUCGGUGAUUAUUUUAAGAGAACCAAUUUAUGGAACAAAACCCAUUCAAACAACCGAAAUCGAUGGAAGAUUAAGAAUACAAGAACCUAAUUAUGCACCAAGAAGACAAAUUCAAGAAGAAUCCUAUCACAUAAGAAGAGAAAUCAUCGAAAAUCCAUAUGGGCAAAGAAUAAAACAACAAAUUAACCAUCAAAAUUCACCUUUGUAUGCUUUACAAGAAAACAAACAUAAUUUAAACGAAGUUUCAAGACAACGACAAGAAAAUAUAUCCCAAAAUCAAAUUUAUGGAAUGCAACAAGUUAAUCAACCAAUUUAUGCAUCAAAAUUGAGUAUCCAAGAAAGUCCUUAUGGUACAAGAGAAUCUAUUUAUGGUUCAAAAACUGGAUUACGUCAACCAAUUAAUGAAUCGCCGUAUGGUUAUCGUACAAAUGAACCUUUAUACGGUCAAAAACAAGUGACCGUAUCAAAUAAAUAUUGCGAUAUUUAUGGUAGAAUUCAUGAUAAUGGACAAAGAGUACCUUUGAGUCCACCGCAGGGACAACAACAAGGUGUUAUUUACGGACAACUCCAGGGAAAUGUUUCCGGACGCCCACCGUUACAUCACAGCUAUAACCAAAUACCGAAUAAUUUUGUGAGAGGAAGUAGAUUGACUUCAAGUGCUAAUGAUAUGUACAGAAGGGAUUUAAGGGUUCCACCGCCGGGGUUUAAUCCGAACGCUCCUCUACCACCUAUUCCAAUGGAACAUAAAACGCAGAUAUUGAUGAGAAGGAGAGGACCGAUUUCAGAUAGUGAAAGUGAAAGGAACUUUGUUGAGGAAGAGUGGAACGCCGAUGGUAAACCGGGACGCGGAAUUCCAGGCAGCGAAUCAGCGGGUGGUAGAGGUGAAAAUGAUCUUGAAUCUCGAAGUACUCGAAGUAGGAAUCCAAGGAGAGAUGAUCCUCGUAGACAUACUUUAGGUGGAGAUCAACAAUACAUGGGUAGUCAAGGUGGACCCCUUUCCCGAACGAUGGAUCUCGAGAUGACUUCAUCGAGAUCCAGAAAGGGCCAACCAAGAUGUUAUCCCCCUCCAACCAAUCCAAUGCUUUUCGAUGAUGAUCCAGGGAUUAUGUCAGAGGUAGAGACAAGUUCAACAGGGUUUAGAAGAGGUGGAAAACAAAGAAGUUCUCUUCCGGUUGUUAGAACACCAAGUAAAACAUUAGAAAGACCACUUGGUCUAGUAUUUCUACAAUAUCGCAACGAAACCAAAAGGGCACUACUUCCAAACGAAAUCACCUCGAUCGAUACAGUUAAAGCCCUAUUCGUACGUUCAUUCCAAAAACAACUUACGAUGGAGUACCUGGAUUCACCGCAAGUGAAAAUUUACAUUCACGACUCUUCCAAAGAUAUGUUUUAUGAAUUAGAAGAUUUAAGAUCCCACUUGAGAGAAAUUCGAGAUAGAUCAGUUUUAAGAUUAUUUGAAUCUGCUGAUGUUUCCGGUGGACUUCCAAUGGCUGGAAUUGGAAUAGCUGGCGGUGUUGGACAUUUCGAAGAUCCCAGUUAUUUCUCAGAACCGGAAUUUGAUUCGGAGUAUCAACAUCAGCACAUCCACAAAAGCAAGGGAAGUGCUGGAAAAGCGGCUCCUUAUUACAUGGGUUCAACAGCUAGUUUACCAAGAAGUGGAUUACUUAGGGCCUAUUCACCAGCUGUUACAGCUAUUCCCCCUGAACGAUUAAAACCUCUUCCAACUGGUGCACCCCCGAAACCGCAAAGAGCAUAUUCCAGUUCAAACAGGUCAUCAACGGACGGCGGCCAAAGAAACAGGUUCGCCCCGAAUUCGUCCCUGUAUACGAUACCAGAUGGAUACAUGUCAUCGCCUGAAAGAGGUUCAAGAUACGAAGAUCCAUAUUAUAGUCAAUAUAGUACAAGAUCUGGAUCGAUAACGCCCGUUAUUGAUGAAGAAGUCAGCGACACGGAACUUUUGGACGAAUCCUAUUCUCUAUACGGAGUUAAAUUGCCUACAAGUGGUCCAAGAGCUACUCCAAGAACGGGAUUUCCACCCGCAGGAGGCGUCCCUUACGACGCCACUAGGAUUCGCGUGGAACAUAUGGAACGCCAAUUGGCUAAUUUAACCGGUUUGGUUCAAAAAGCUUUAACUCAAGCUCCUCCGAACCUUCAAGUACCAAGUGGGCGUGAUAAUUAUCGAGCUGGGGACGAGUUUGAUAAGAACUCGACUUCGAGUUCAACUUCCUGUCCAGAUGAAUCAUUCCAUCGAUCUGACAACAAAACUCCUAAAUUAGGAAAAACUGGCUGUCAUAAGUCGGUUUCUUUCGAGAAGUCGGUCUCCUUCAGCGAUGAACCGCCCGAUAUGAAUUCACCAAAACAACAUAGCCCACAACAUACAGCGGAUACUAAACCACCAAAGCCGGCGAUAAAAUCGUCAACACUCCCAAGGACUUCUUCCCAGGAAAGAGAUCGCCUAAAACCAGCUCCUCCGCCGAAACCAGCUUCUUUAAGUCCUGGUCAAUAUGAUGGGCGUCAUAUCUACCGAGAUCUUCAAUUAACACCAGAAAUGUAUAACCAAUUAAGAGGUCUCCAAAAGAAAGCUAAGGAUUUAAGGGCGGAAGUUCGGAAUUUAAGGAGGAUGUCUCAAGCUCAAGCCCAUUCUGUUCGAGAAACAAUAAGAGAUACUUUUAUUAAAAUACGAGCUAUGUUACUUGCAGGUGGUGAACAAAUUUGGCAAGCAGGCAUGGAUCAAGAACGUGUAAGAUUAAGUAGAGAAGAAGAUUUAUAUAAACAAGAAAUGUUACGUUUAGAAAAAGAUUUAAGUGAAUUAGAAUCGACAGUUGAAGAAUUAAGGGGGAAUGUAAUAAAUCGAAAAACGCGCGUGAAUAUGUCGGAUGUAGAAAAUAUGGCUUUAAUUUUAAGUAAAAGUUCAAAAACUGUUGCGGAUUUAAAGCUUCGUUUUCCGAAUCUUCAAGAUAGUAUGAAAAGCUUUUUAAGUUCCGAAAUGGAGAAAGUGGUAAGGGAAGAAAAAUUUUUAAAAGAAGAACCGGAACGACUCGAAAGCGCACUAAGAAGAUGCAAAAAAUUAACGGGAACUUUGGUUACUUUAAAGAGAUUGGCAAGCGUACAGGAACAACGAUUACCGUGUUCAACAGCUCCGGCUGGAGAUGGAAGAUUAUCACCGACCAUCUCAGAAACCCCACCAAUAACACCCACUUCCGCUCAACACAGCAAGCCCACUGCCUCACCACGGAUGGGGUCGGUCGUCAUCGGGGGAGACGCCUCCAACAGCACCGACGGUGCCCAACGUUCGGAGAACGCACUCGACGCUUUGCUAGAUGAACUCCAAACGUUUUCAAAACCCCACCAGUCAUCAACAACGGUUAACACCCAAGUACCCCAACAAACCGAUCAGCCACCCACUCUACCAGCGAAAGGAGUUCAUCCCCCAACGAUGUCCGAAAUUGGACGUAAAGGAAGCAUGGACUCCUCCACAAUUCUCCCCACGCAAAAUCUAACUGUAAGCACUGCAACUGGAAGUUUAAGAAGACUUCAUUCGUACCCCAGCGGUUCAGACACCGAUAACUCCCCCCCAAUUCAACCAUUAAGAAUACAAGACAAACCUAUGAGUGGAAAACCACCUCUCCCAGAACGAAAUUCGGAGCUGUUACAGCAUAUAUCUGGGAAAAGAGUCCCACCUCCACCGCCCCCAAGAACUAGUUCGAAAUCGCCGUUAGCUUCACCUACAUCACCUAGCUUACCCCCAAGAUCUAAUCAACACCAUCAACAACAAGAGAAACCCCAAUCUCAAUUUGAAACGGCAACGCAAAAUCUAGGUUUGGGAACGUUACGAAGAAAUGCAAAUCGAUUACCACAAAAUAAAAAUUUAGAUCGGUCUCAAACUUUACCCAGAAAUAUCGGUUCAAAUCUUCAAAUUCAAUCAAGCGAUACCAGCGAUACCAACAACACGAUCUCCGCUAGUAAUAGUAGCAGCUGUGAAAGCGUUAAUUCCCAAGAUGGCACUAAAAAGCGUAAAGAAGAAUUAGAACAACGUCACCAGGAGUUAUUAAAAAAACAAAAAGCCCUUCAAGAGCAAUACGCCAGGCUUCAACAAUUACAAAGAGGUAAUAACACUUUAGCUGUUGUGCCGCCAGCCCCCGAUCAACUUUUAAAGAAAACAGGCAGCGAAUCUAAUUUAAUGCAAAAAAUGGGCCUUCAAUUAUCCGCACCACAAAUGACCGGAUCUUUAACGAAUCUUCCAAACACCACCACUUCUUCAACUGGUAAAAACGAAACCGUUUCAACCGCUAAUAGUACAGGAGAUGAAUCCACAGCGAGUUCAACGAGUAGUGCCACAACGACCACUACAAGUAAAGUUUAUGAAACUGACAUCCUAUGACCAUCCACCAGUAUUUUACAAGGAGUGUGUUAACGCUUGAAAAAUGGCUAAUAUUUACUACCUAUUACUAUCAUAUCAUUGUAUCGUUGAAGAAAGGAAGAUGAGUUACAAAAAAGAAAUAGUGAGAUUGAAGAAGAUAAGAGUUAAACGAGGAUUAAUUGUUGGUACUAUUGUUUAAUAGGUGUUUUUAGAAUAUUACAAAAAAUAUUUCCAUGUUAAAAGUAAAUCAAGAAUUAAUUUAAAAUUAACACGGAAAUGAUUAAAUGAAAAAGUCAUACAUCAGAAAUCAUAAUACUUAGAAUAUAAAUUUCUUUGUGUUUAUCUAAAUUCCAGCUGGGAAAGAUUUUGUAAUAAAGCGGGAUUAAUGCUAAUAAAAAUUUAUUUUAAUAA